AUGACAUCAGAAAAUUCUACAGUUGGAAAGUUCAAAUACAAGGUUGUUUUCCUUGGAGAUCAAUCAGUUGGAAAGACCUCAAUCAUCCAUAGAUUCAUAUACGAUUCAUUCGAUGAAAACUAUUAGGCAACUAUCGGUAUAGAUUUCAUGUCUCAUAAGAUGUACGUCGAAGAUAAGAUCAUUAUUCUCAAUCUUUGGGACACAGCAGGACAAGAGAGAUUCAAGUCACUCAUACCUUCAUAUAUCAAGGACUCCGCCGUUGCAAUCGUUGUGUUUGAUAUAACCUCUCGCUAGUCUUUUUAGUCAGUGGAUAAAUGGAUUGAAGACGCCAAGAAUUUGAGAGACGAUGAUGUCCUAUUGAUUUUAGCUGGUAACAAGGCUGAUUUAAAUGACUAGAGGCAAGUAACGACUUAAGAAGCCCAUGAAUAUGCUAGCAAAAGAAAUAUCAUGUAUUUCGAAGUAAGUGCAAGGACAGGAACAAAUAUCACUAUGUGCUUUAAUCAACUUGCGAAGAAACUGACAGGCAUAGAAACUAAUCCAAUUAAUCAAAGUGAAAUAAAAAAUACUGGCUUCACCCUCAAUGCCCCUAAUGGGAAUAAUACUGGUGAUCCAAAGACACCUGAUGGAGGAAAGAAAAAGAAAGGGAAAUGCUGCUGA